GUAAAUUCCCACCGCAAAUCUGCACGAAGACUAGGGUUGAGUUAUUGUAGGUUUUGGGGAAGCUCCAUAUCUCAUCUCUCUUCUGUGGUGCUCAGGGUGAUUGUCAAUUCUCUGGUUGUGGUCUGGUGUGCUCAGCAGAAGGGAAGAGCGAGAAUUAUUAUAUUUUUUUUGUGAUUAUGGCGUCUUAUGUAGAUAAGUUCAUUUGCUCUCCAUCAGAGGAAUUGUUAGAUUUAGGUACUAAAGAACAGCUGUUGAAGGUCGCGGAACACUACAAGGUUGAGAUUAGUGAUAAACGUCUAAAGAAUUCUAUUAGGUUGAUAUUGAAGGCCAAUCUGAUGGAGAGUGGUAUUCUUGAAGUUACCACUGGGCCAGCCUCUGCUGAGGAUUUGCCAUCUCCCCAUAACGUUACAAUGGCCAUUCCAUCGGUUAGCCCUAGUAGCCUUCUUUUUGAACAGCAGAAAGAACUGCUUUUGUUACAGCUGGAGCAUGAUCGUGAGAAGAGAGAGCAUGAUCGGCAGCAUGAUCGUGAGAAGCUAGAGCAUGAUCGGCAGCAUGAUUGUGAGAAGCUAGAGCAUGAUCGUGUAAAAUAUGAAAAGGAAUUGGCAUUUAAACAAGAUAUGGAGCGUGCUAAAAUCAAGUUGCAACAAGAACGUAUAGAGUUGGUUAGGGAAGGAAAGAUCUCAGGGGAGAGUUUGUUUUGGGAAGGUGACCCAGAUUUACCUAGGGGUAGUUCUGCUUUUGGUCGUGCCCCAGAGACAUUUGAUAUUGUUGGGAACUUACGGUUAUUGCCUCAGUUUAAUGAAAAGGACCCCGAGACAUUCUUUUCGUUGUUUGAGCGGGUUGCUGACGCUAGGAGUUGGCCUGAUUCUGACCGCACUUUAAUGUUGCAGUGUGUGCUGACUGGUAAAGCACAGGAAGCAUAUUCAGCUCUUAGUGCACUAGACAGUACCAGUUAUGAUAAAGUUAAAACAGCUGUGUUACAGAUUUAUGAACUGGUCCCUGAGGCUUACCGCCAACGAUUUAGAACUUUAAAAAGGGAUGAUAAGCAGACUCAUGUUGAGUUUGCGCGACAGUUAUCUUUACAGUUUAAUCGCUGGUGUUCCGCAUCUGCAGUUGUGACUUUCCAAGGGCUGUGUGAUCUGAUUAUGUUAGAGCAAUUUAAGGACACAAUUCCUGAUCGUAUUGCCACGUAUAUUAACGAACAGAAAGUAAAGAAUGUUGCUGAAGCUGCGGUUUUGGCGGACGAGUAUGUGUUGACUCACAAAAGUGCCUUUGUAGAGCCCCGUAUUCGGAAAGAGUGGGGGCGUUCGGAUAGAUUUGGGCUUCGCUCACCGAGACACUUUGGUUCACGGGCAGAGUUCUAUUCAACUAGGGUUGAGCCUGACUCCCAUGGUAAAGCUGACUUUGGGCAGGAGUGUCACUACUGUCAAGGUUCAGGUCAUUGGAAAAACGAAUGUCCACUUCUCAGGUCAAAGGGUGCUUAUGCUAAAUCUAAGCCUACCGCGUUAGCUGCACCUGUUCCACAUCAGUUCACUCAUGACUCAUUUUCUCAAGCCCAGGAGAAUGUGAAAGUCCAUAUUGAUCCAGACUAUUUACCUUUCAUUACGGAAGGUUUUGUGUCUAUGUUAGGAAGUAAAGACCUAGUGCCAGUGAAGAUCCUGAGAGACACAGGUGCCUCUGAAUCAUUUGUGUUGGAGUCUGUGUUACCCUUUUCUGCUGAGACUGAUUCGGGGAAUAGUGUUCUAAUUAGGGGAAUAGGUUUGAACACUCUGUCAGUUCCAUUGCAUAAACUGAUGUUGGAUUGUGGGCUGGUGAAGGGUGAAGUUGUUGUGGGGGUGCGUCCUUCGUUGCCUAUUGAGGGUAUCGACGUUAUCCUUGGGAAUAACUUGGCUGGUGAGCGUGUAUGGCCAGUCGUGUUUCCAUCUCUCGUGGUUUCCACUAAGCCGUCAUUUGUUGGGAUUCCUGAUGAGAAUGUACAGAGUUUCCCAGAGGUGUUCUCUGCGUGUGCAGUGACACGUUCUAUGAGCCGUGGCGAACUGGUUACUGCGCCGACUAAUGAUAAUAAUACAAAGUAUGUCACUGUUUUCCCUGUUAUACCGUUAUCUGUAACCCGGUCAGAUCUAAUCAAUGCGCAACGGGAUGACCCCACAUUGGAAGAGUUGCGUGAUCAAAUUGUGCCUGUAGAACAAAUGGGAGAUGUCGCCCAUGGCUAUUUUCUCCAAGAGGAUGUCCUGAUGAGAAAGUGGUUGUCUCAUGAUAGUUGUUUUCUGGGGGAGGCAAUUAGUCAGGUUGUUGUACCAGUUAAGCUUCGUGAGUUGGUGUUGGAAACUUCUCACAGCGAUGUUGCUGGACAUAUGGGGGUGAGGAAAACCUACAAUCGCAUAUUAAGACAUUUCUUUUGGCCUAGAUUAAAGAGGGAUGUUUCUGAUUUUAUCAAAACUUGUCACACCUGUCAAUUAACUGGUAAGCCUAAUCAAGCUAUUAAACCAGUACCAUUGUUUCCUAUUCCUGUACUCAGCCAACCUUUUGAGUAUCUGAUUAUUGACUGUGUGGGCCCUCUGCCUCGUUCUAAAAAGGGUAGCAGUUACCUGUUCACUGUGAUGUGUCAGACCACUAGGUUUCCUGCUGCCUAUCCUCUCCGAUCUAUCACGACUAAAUCGGUGUUAAAAGCUUUGACUCAGUUUCUCUCAUUGUUUGGAAUCCCUAAGGUCAUUCAGAGUGAUCAAGGAUCUAAUUUUACCUCUAAUCUGUUUAGUCAGGUUCUUCAACAGCUCCAUAUUAAACACAAUUUGUCUAGCGCCUAUCACGCGCAAAGUCAAGGAGCACUGGAACGUUUCCAUCAAACACUUAAGUCUUUGUUGAGAGCUUAUUGUACUGAGAUAGAUAAGGAUUGGGAGGAGGGGUUGCCUUGGUUACUGUUAGCCGCUAGGGAAGUUUCACAGGAGAGCACAGGUUUCAGUCCAAAUGACCUUGUGUUUGGACAUAGGGUGCGUGGACUUUUAUCUGUUCUCCAGGAUGACUGGAAGUCUCCCGAGCCUCCUCAGUCCCUAUUAUCAUAUGUGUGUGAUUUCCGGCGACGACUGUACGCCGCUGGUGAAAUGGCUAAAGAGAAGUUAUCAUCUUCACAGGAGAGGAUGAAGGGCAUAUUUGAUCGCCGAACUGAGCCUCGUCACUUUAUUCCAGGUGACCAGGUUCUUGCUCUGCUGCCAAUUGUUGGUUCUCCUUUUCAAGCCAAGUUUCAAGGUCCAUAUACAGUGGUGCGCCAGUACACUGAGCAAAAUUAUCUAGUUGCCACUCCAGAACGGAGGAAAGCACACCAGCUGUGCCAUGUAAAUCUGUUAAAACCUUAUUAUGCACGUUCCUCUGAGACUGAACAGUGGGAUUCUACAGAGGACGUCUUCUCACUCACCUACCUGUUGAUGGGCGGAAAGAGAUGGUUGGUCUUAUUCAGAGAUUUCCAGGUUUGUUUUCUGAUACACCUACACGUACAAACUUAAUAGAACAUGAUAUUGACAUUGGAGGUGCUGACCCCAUUCGUCAGCGGUUCUAUAGAGUUUCUUCAGAGAAACUACGUUGUCUGGAUGCUGAGGUCAAGUACAUGCUGGAGAGUAAGAUAGCAGAGCCUUCUUUCUCCAGUUGGGCUUCUCCCUGUAUCUUGGUCAGUAAACCGGAUGGAACAAACCGUUUUUGUACGGACUACCGUAAGGUAAACGGUGUCACAAAGCCAGAUUCAUUUCCUCUUCCUCGGAUGGAGGACUGUGUUGAUCAAGUCGGUGCAGCUAGGUUUGUGAGCAAAUUUGACCUGUUAAAAGGCUAUUGGCAGGUGCCACUGACGAGUAGGGCACGUGAAAUCUCUGCCUUUAUUACACCUUUUGGUCUGUUCCCUCCUGGUCGUGUGUUCUUCUUUCCUCUUAAAUAUUGCUUCCUAUGCACAAAGGUUGCUGAGGUCUGGGGAGGAGGUUGGUUGGUGCAGGUGGAGGUGUGAACACAUAACCCCUCGUCAAUUUGUGGCGCAGAAGCUGUGUCAAUUUGGAACUUAGGCUGGUAUUUUGUUCCGGGGUCCUUGUUGGUCCCCGGUUUUAUGGGGGGGAAUGUGACGACCCUCCCACUCUGUCUGCUGUAUUCUCUCUCUGUUAUUUCCUUAUU